CUGACGUUGGACUGAUGUCAAUUUCAUGCACAUAGAGCAGCAGGCUGCCCCACGAACACAGCCAGGUGCUCUUAUCAGCUGCACCAUGGCAGGGGAAAUAGUCUACGCCGACCUGCACCUCGCCUCCGGCUUUCCCAGCUCCAGGAUGCCUCUUUCAGCUCAGCCCCUCAGUCCCCCGAAUCCCCGGUGGCAUCGGACAGCGCUGUGGGUCGGAUGGAUUGGGAAUAUUGUCCUGGUGAUUGCUGUGAUAGCGCUCGGGAUUUGGGUUUCCCACUUGGUGUCUGAGAAGGGACAGCCCCUGGCAGCCCCUGGGAGCGACGGAGCUGGGAGCAGAGAUACAGCGACACCCCCUGGGAGCGACGGAGCCGGGAGCAGAGACCCCAGCACAGCAGAAUGCAGCGCCCGCCUGGAGCGUUUCCGAUCCCAGCUCUGCCCCCCGGCCCCGCCCGGCCCAGCAGGGGGCUCUGGGUGCAAGCUCUGCCCCAUGGACUGGCAGCUGCGUGGGGACAAGUGCUACUGGGUCUCCAGAGGAGGUAAAAUGUGGAACGAGAGCCGCGCCGACUGCUCAGUGAGGGGCUCCCAGCUGCUGGUGAUCCGGGACCAGGAGGAGCUGGAGUCCCUAAAGGCCCUGACAGGAGGCACGUCUCAGUUCUGGGUCGGACUGUCCGUCCCCUCCCCGGAGAAGGCCUGGACCUGGCUGGACGGCUCCCGGCUGGAUCAGACCCAGUUCCCACAGUUAGGCCCAGCUGAGGGGAACAGCUGUGGGGCAGUGAAGGGGAAUCGGAUUCGUUCUGAUGCCUGCAGCUCUGCAUUUCAGUCCAUUUGCCAGAGAGACGCUGUCCCGCUCUGAACAGGAUAUGGAGGCGACCUCAGAGCGCGGCACCGUUAGCCCCAUGUUACACGUGGGGAAACCGAGCCACAGACACUGACCUGCCCAAGAUCACAGCGAGUUUGUGGCAAAGUAGAAAUGGAGCCCAGGGGGUCUGACUCCCAGCCCCCCUCCCUCUAAUGGACCAGCCCCUCCCCCUCUCCCAGGGCUGGGACUAAACCCCAGGAGUCCUGGCUCCCAGUCCUACCUCAGGUGAAAGAGUUUAAAGCUGGCCUGCACAACAUGCGGCCCGCGGAGCCUCACUGUGCAGCCCGCAGGGGGAUUCUAAAUCCCCCGCACACGGCACGCUGCGGGCAGCCCA